ACUAGGUUCCCUUAGGGCUCUGAUAUCUGUGGUGACUUGUCUACUCUAAUGCACAGCAUGUGGCAGCUGCUACCACCAACGGCUCUGCUGCUUCUAGUUACAGGUGGCAUGCAAGCUGCAGAUCUCCCAAAGGCUGUGGUGCUCCUAGACCCUCAAUGGGACCGGGUGCUCACGAAUGACCAUGUGACUCUAAAGUGCCAGGGGGACUACCCUCUUGGAGACAAUUCCACACAGUGGUGGCACAAUGGGACUCUCAUCUCAAACCAGGCCUCUAGCUACUUCAUCACAAAUGCCAAAGUUGAGGAUAGUGGAGACUACAAGUGUCAGACAUCCCUCUCCACACGCAGCGACCCGGUGAAGCUAAAAGUCUACAUGGGCUGGCUGUUGCUCCAGGCCCCUCGGUGGGUGGUCAAGGAGGGGGAGCCCAUUCAGCUGAAGUGUCACAGUUGGAAGAAAACUACUGUAGAAAACGUUCAAUAUUUCCAGAAUGGCAAAGGCAAGAAGUUUUCUUAUCAGAAUUCUGACUUCUACAUUCGAGAAGCAAAACUUGAACACAGUGGCUCUUACUUCUGCAGGGGGCUUAUCGGGAGUAAAAACGAGUCUUCAGAGGCUAUGAACGUCACUGUUCAAGGUCAAGGAAGUCCACCAUCCAGCUCAUCAUUCUUUCUACCUUGGCACCAAAUCACUUUCAUCCUGGUGAUGGGACUCCUGUUUGCAGUGGACACGGGGCUGUAUUUUUCUGUGAAGAGAGACCUUCGAAACUCAAAGGAGGACUGGAGGAAUGGCAAAGUCACAUGGACUCAGGGCUCUCAGGGCAAAUGAGGGUAAUAAAAGCAGCAUCCCCAUCCAAUGGGGGUGAUAAAAGCAGCAUCUCUGAACCUCUUUCUAAAUUCACAGCCCCACCAUGCCCAACAGGCAUCUCUGGGAGCAGCAGGAAAAUUACACCUCAGACUCUAGGCUGAGGGUCCUUCACCCAACUGUUUUCUCUUGGUCUCCUAUGGAUAGGAAGGGACUGUGAUCUUCAAGUGCCAACAGUGAAGCUCCAGUAAGCAGCUGCAUUACCAGGAAUAGAAGUCUCAGAGCAACAUGGAUGCUUUCUCUAUUCUAACCAUUCCGUCCCAGCAAAGCAACAAUACAGAUUCUUGAUGAUUACCCUUGAUGUAUGAAUAUUGUCCUUAAAUAAAUGGAUAUGUAAAUAAGAGAAUUCAUGGUUGAGAACCAGCUGGAUAGUAGUCUGCAUCUGUUGCUGCAGGGCUGGCUGCCUUCAAGUCACCCUAAAACUCCUUCUAGAC